CCGAAUUUUAAGGCAACGAUGGGGUCAAAUCCUUGGUCGGCGGACCCAGCGGCAGCACCGACGGGCCUCGACGUCUUCCUCCAGAAGUGGAAGGAGGUCGCGCCCAUGGCCCUGGACGACGAUGACGAUGACGACGUGGUCUCCUCACCGUCUUUGGACAUGAUCCAGCUCAUGACAGACAUGACGACCGCCGAAGAGACGCUCUCCCAUAUCCUUUGCGAUAUUGACGAUCUGACGUUUGUCGCGACGACAGCGCCGCUCUUGGCCACCAAUGCCAUUGAUGCCAAGCACGCCAUGCUCACGGCGCUGCGUGCUCAGAUGGACGCUUUCCACGCGCUGCGACCGACCAUUUUGCAGAAGCUGCAGACAGCGUACACGUCCAAGAUGCUGCAUAUCGCACCUGGCGACCAAGAGAACACCAUGACUGUGCUCACGACGGCCGAGACGCAUCUCGAGCGCAUCCUCGCAUGCUGCGACGCUUUAAGCCAUGGCCAGGACCGGACCUUCCAGCCGCCGACGCUGGACCCGGCGUGGACGUCGACGCUAGCGAUGUACGAGCAAUGCUACCAUGCACACGCGCGGCUACGUGACCUCUAUGCGCGCUACGAAGCCAAUACUUCGUAAGCUCUUGUUGGGUUGAAACUCUUGGCAGUUCAACGUCCUCCACCGGAUGUUUCUCCGACCACACGACGUCGCGCCACGUCAUAAUAAGACAAGUAGUAUGUAAAUCUUCUUUCUCGG